AUUACUGUCACAUUGGAGGAGACUGGAGAUCUGAUUAACACCAGAGAAAGACCAGACUCGGAGAAACCAGAGACGUCCAAACCAGCAAGACGACACCACUGCUCCCACUGUGGAAUGAUGUUUAACCAGUUAAGGUGUCUGAAACGACAUGAGAGAAUACACACAGGGGAGAAGCCUUUCCAAUGCUCCCACUGUGGAAAGGGUUUUAACCAGUUAGGGGACCUGAAAACACACGAGAGAAUACAUACAGGAGAAAAGCCAUACCACUGCUCCAAGUGUGAAAAAGGUUUUAACCAGUUAGGAAACUUGAAGCGGCAUGAGAGAAUACAUACAGGAGAAAAGCCGUACCACUGCUCCCACUGUGGAAAGGGUUUUAACCAGUUGUGGGACCUGAAAGGCCACAAGACUUUGCACACAGCGGAGAAGCCUUAUCACUGCUCCCUUUGCGGAAAGAGUUUUACCGUGUUAGGGAGCUUGAAAAUACAUGAGAGAAUACACACAGGAGGGAAGCCUUACUACUGCUCCCAGUGUGGAAAGCGAUUUACCCAGUUAGGAAGUCUGAAAGAGCAUAAGAUACUGCAUACAAGGGAGAAGCCUUACCCCUGCUCCCUUUGUGUAAAGAGCUUUUCCUCAUCAGGGUGCCUGAAAAGACAUGAGAGGACACACACAGGCGAUAAACCUUUCCAAUGCUUCCAGUGUGGAAAGAGUUUUUCCUUGUUAACGAGCCUGAAAAGACAUGAGAGAACACACACAGGAAAUAAGACUCAUCACUGCCCCCAGUGUGGAAAGAGUUUUAACCUUAAAGAAUACCUGAAAGUGCAUGAGAGAAUACACACAGGGGAGAAGCUAGAGAAGCAUUUCCACUGCUCCCAGUGUGGAAAGAGUUUUUUCUUGUUAGCGAGCCUGAAAAGACAUGAGAGGACACACACAGCAUUGCUCCCAGUGUGGAAAGAGUUUUAAGCUGAAAGGACAACUGAACAGGCAUGAGAGAAUACACACAGGGGAGAAGCCAUACCACUGCUCCCAAUGUGAAAAGAGUUUUGCCUGGUUAGGGGACCUGAGAAGACAUGAGAGGACGCACAUGGGGGAAAAGCCUCAUCACUGCUCCCAGUGUGGAAAGAGUUUUACCCAGUUAAGACACAUGAAAAGACAUGAGAUAAUACACACAGGAGAUACAAAUGUAGGCUGAGCAGUGGGACAUAGGACAGAUGUAGGCUGCUGAACAGUAGGACAUAGGACAGAUAUAGACUGAACAGUGGAACAGAGGACAGAUGAAGGCCCAAUUAAUGAUGGGUCAGUAGUUCCCAGACACUCGGAAUGUGUCUUGACUUUCCAGUGUUUCCCUCCUGCAUGUAUUGUAAAGGAUUGUGUUUGUGGAUGUGUUUUCUGGGUGAGGGUUUGGUUUGUGCCCUCUAGUGCACAGUUGAUUCAAAUAACCAACUCAUCAUCAAGCUUUUCUUAUUUGAAUGGGCUGUGUAGUGUUAGAGGACCUGAAAGAAUACAGAGGUUUUGUUCUGACUUCUCUCUUUUUCUUUAAGUUGUUCAAAUGUUUCACUGACCUUCACAUCUUAAAAGUAAUGAUGGACUAUCAUUGAGCUGUCUUCUGUAUAUCACAUCUUAAAGUAAUGAUGGACUAUGAUUUAGCUGUCUUCUGUAUAUCACAUCUUAAAGUAAUGAUGGACUAUGAUUUAGCUGUCUUCUGUAUAUCACAUCUUAAAGUAAUGAUGGACUAUGAUUUAGCUGUCUUCUGUAUAUCACAUCUUAAAGUAAUGAUGGACUCAUCAUUUAGCUCUUCUGUAUAUCACAUCUUAAAGUAAUGAUGGACUCAUCAUUUAGCUCUCUUCUGUAUACCCCCCCCCCCCUACCUUGUCACAAUACAACGGAUUGGC